UAUAAAAUAAGAGAAGAGGCUUAAAAAUCUGUCAUUUCCGAUCAAUCUGCAGAUCUGGCAUCACUAAUAGUGCUGUUAGAUUGAGGUAUAAAGGCCCUGCCCCAAUUAGAAAUAGUCCAACAACAACAACAACAUAAACACUAAUGUUGCAACGCAUAUUCGUUUCGUGAAUUCAUUGUGACUCACAUCCAGGAGGAAAAAGGGCCAGAGGACUAACAUCCACAUCCUGUGGCAGGGGUUGGUAUGGUCUUGGCCUGCUGCGAUUCGAUUCUCGAGAAUUCCAUUGAGGAGUCAGAUAUAUGUAUUUCUGGUGAUAGAAGUUCACUCUCGACGUGGUUCGGAAGACACGUAAGGCCCUUGGUCCCGUUGCUGAAUAACCACUGGUUCCAUGGAACGUAAAAAUACCAUACAAACAAACAAACAUCCUUAAAUAAAAUCGGGAGCGUUUCGACCUCUAGAACCAUGCAUGUAGUAGCUAUAUCAUUAUCAACUUUUCGAUGAUGAAGUCAUCGUCAUUUCGGUUUCUGUUUGUCAAGACAUCCCACCGCUUCUGACCGGAUGAACUUCAAAAGUGGCACCGAAACGACCGAAUCAACUAGAUAGAUACACGACUUGGCCAGCCAGGGUCUGUUCAGAGGUGGGCAGUGGCUUCCUCUCCGCCGUGGCGCUCAUUGAAGUGUUUCUUAGUGUUCGACGAAGCUUCUCUUAACUCGAAAAUUUGCCGUGAUACUUCUAGACUGAAUGGAAGAAGGGCGAGAGAACAUUUGUGAAUGAAUUUUCAUCGUAUUCACGGAACGGAAGAAGCCGUCUCCGUUUACGGAAAAAUACCUGGAUAUUUUAAUGCUCUCUGGGCGUGGCAGUCUACUAUUUUUGCGAGAAAAGGUGAGAUAGUAUAACCUUUAUCUUGAAGAACUCAUCUGUCUCCCUGUGUUAAUGUAAAAGUUGCCAGAAAUUUCUCUCGUGAGGUGACGUCACUGCCACAUGAGACAGUCACGGAAUGAACAGUAGCUACGAUUCAGAACCAUUUUCGACCAGUCUGUCCAUUCUAAGGGCAUAAAGCACGAAACGGAAAAAUUUAGGCUAUAUUUCAAGCUUUUUAAUUAUGCCAAGAACUUCUCUCGAGCACUUGGGGUUCUCGAGGUAUGACGUCUUAAAGUUUACCCAGCUUACUGCGAAAUCAUGAAUAGGAAUCCCUCUAAGCUGGCGAAGUCUUUUUAUUCCCUAAUAGCUUCUCAAGAUAAAGAUAUCAAGUCUGUUAUCUAUAUCUGAUAAGGCGCAGUCAAUGUCAAUAUGUCUUUGACAGGCUCUCUUAAUUUAAUGCAUUAUAUAUUCGUUUUUGGGAAAAGGCCAUAAUGAUAAUGAUGAUAAUGAUAUUUCUCAACUGUAGCAGUAUUAACAGUUGUAAGUUGCACUAGGAACAAUGGCAUCUGGUUACGAAGUCAGCAGCCAAAGGAAACUAUCCGUCAACUGAGGACAAAACCUAUGAAUAGCAUCACACCGGAGCCUACUUCGAGUUAGAGUUGGGACGCGCUCACGCCCCAGCUUCCGUCCUACCUCUUGAUUGUCUUGGUCGUCGCGUCCUUCUCAGAGUGAUGGGUAACACCCUGACUUUUUCCUUCAAACGGAAAAAGAGGUCUGCAUCAACCAAAGAAAAACCGGCACUAGCGGUCCGGCCGAGUAAAGAAUUGAAGGGGGCUUCCUCUCUUCCAGCUCCCACUCGCCAGUGGAGUUCUUCCAGGAGCAGAAAUGAUCGCUCGACGGCGCCUCCUGCUGGACCGCGACGCAUCGCCACUCCCUCGAGGCCUGAAUCUAAUAUCUACGUGGAAGCCAAUCCCGUCAGGCGUUCCGCCGUGGAUUAUCUGGCCAGUAGGAAUAUCAUAAGAGGGAACGUGGUUCUCCAGAAGUAACUGUGAAAACGAAAACGAUGCUAAACCGAGUUGGGAAGAAGUUAAUCUUCGUUAGUCUAUUAAGCUGUCAGCGAACACGGUCUAGGUAUAUCUAGACCGUGUCAGCGAACACCCAGUUUCUGGGCAUUACUUCAGCCCUCAGCUGCAGCCUCUUUCACUCCUUUUACUGUAUACCCCCGUUCAUAUUUUCCCAUAUAACUUUCCACCCUCUUUGACUAUUGUUUCAUAGCGCAAAUACGAGAUUUUCAUCCUGUUACCCGUUUCAAACCUUUUUUACUGUCAAUUUUUCCCUUUCAGCGCCGAGUGACCUCAUAGGUCCCAGCGCUUGGCAUGUGGCCUAAAUUCGACAUUCUAUUCAACGCCCAGUUUCAUUAAUAUUCUACUUAGAUUUCAUGAAAGACACCAAGUGAAUCUCACGUUAUGUCAGAAUUAGAAAAAUUUUAAAAGUGGGUCAGUUGUGAUAAGAUGUCUGAAGUUUCGUCCAUUCAUAUCUGACAAAUUGGUUUUAGGCAGGUGCUUUAGAGGCAUCGACAUUCCAUUGUAUGUAUAUAUAUAUAUAUAUAUAUAUAUAUAUAUAUAUAUAUAUAUAUAUAUAUAUAUAUGUGUGUGUGUGUGUGUGUGUGUGUGUGUGUGUGUGUGUGUGCGUGCAUAAUAAUCCUUGAGCUUACAUUUACAGUGUUUGUUACUUUUAUGUAUUUUCAUUCCUUUUGUAUGAAUAGUUUCAUCCUACAUUUUAUGUAUGCUUAAUAUGUGUGUUUUCUCCGGUCAUAUUUUUGAUUUGUAUAAUUAUGUAUGCGUUGACGUUGUGCAUCGCAAUUUUAACUCACAUAUGUCGCCGCUGAUUGCUCAAAAGUACCCCUGUGUUUGGCUUGACGGCCCAAGUUUCAUGAACUCAGAUGAAAUGAGUGAUUUUCGUGUAAUUCCCGUUUGUUUAUGCACAUCUCGUGUGAUCAUAUGUGAUUAUGGUUUAUGUGGAAUUCUCGAUUGACUAUGGCUCCUCAAUCUGGCGUCACUUUUGUGGAGGAAGUGCAAUGAAGUGGUACUUUAACCGUGACAAUUUAUCGAGCACGAUUCUUGAGCACAGAGCACUGAUCUGGUACAGAUAUUUGCUGCCUAGAGCGAUCUUUGGAACUAGGAAGGAAGGAUGCUAAAAAAAGAAAAAUAGCUAGAAAGUGCUAUAGUGUUUCCUGUGACACCAUCUUUAAUAUGUCACGCAUAUACAUUUUUAUGUCAGCUCAUAUUAUGGCCUGUGUCAUACCUUGAAAAAGCCACAUGAGCGUAAUUUGAACCUAUGAUAUGUGCGCACGUGACACCCAGUCGACUACAUUUUGAGAUCAGAAAACGUGCUCAUAUGACAUCCACUUUUCAAACUGCCACACAUCACGUCAUUUUUGCCAGAAAAUUAACUCUUGUGACACCACUCGUGGAAAUUACGAUAUAUUCUGCUGACAAAUGCGACUUCUUGAGUCGCUGAGGUAUUUGUGGUGUAACUGUGUCCCAAGUCGUGUCCCCUACCUUGCUGACCGCUCCGCCGCUGCUGCACGUGGUAGCGAAAUCCGGAAAACUGUCAGCGCGAAUCAUAUCAAAUUUCACAAAUUUCGAGGUUGACGCUCGCUUCCCACAAAACGAAGAUGGCGAAAGAUUCAAUGUAGGAUUUUACGCCGUUGUCAUCAAUCAGUUUUCAGGAUACCCCAUGGACGAUGCGUUCCACCUUCAGCCCUGGGCCGAUCUUAGGCAUCUACGCCACUUCCUUGACAGUUUGCAGCCUGGCCGACUCGUCGUGUGUCUGCUUAGAAAGGAUUUGCCGUUCGAAAUCCCGAACGAAACUCGCGUUUACUUACAGAAGAUGGGAUCGACCGCCGUAGAAUUCCUGGGACCAGGAAUGACGUGGACGUGGGUUUGGGUCAAAGGGGGUCAUACGAUAGCGGAGGGCGUGACCUUUCCUACCGCCCGGGACAUGGCUCCAAGGCACCUUACCCAUUUCGAAGUCGAGCUUACACCAAAGACAGAGUUCUGCCCUGAGUGGCCGCAUAACCCUCACUGGGAAAAGAGGAGAGAUUUCUGUUCCCGGUACGAACGAUGUGGCGACCUCUGCGACUGCCAGAAGCCGUACGUCUUUAAUACGACCGAGCAAAAGCUCGAGUCCAGCGUCAUCGAAAAUGCUGUGGUGGUGAUGGUCGCUCACAGAGUUCCCGACCUCUACAGGAGCAUCAAAUCGCUGGCAACUGCGGAGGGUUUCAACAAGUCUCGGCUGAGGGUGUAUACACAAACCCGCGAUGUUGAGUUGGAGGAGUUCCUGCAUUUGGCGGACGUGUCCUUAACCGUGACUAACAGGUCCCACGAUCUGGUGUCAACUCACAUCGCAAGACAGAUCGUUUUUGCCCUUAACGACACUCUGCACAAACAACCCGAUGCCGAUUUCAUCAUAUUCUUGGAAGAGGACGUCAGAGUGUCUCCUGACUUUUUUGUCUUCUUGAAUCGUUCGGCGGAACUGCUAAGGGAGGACGCGACCCUGUAUUGUGUCUCGGCCCACAACGACCUAUCGUAUCCACAUACGUCAUACAACGCUGAGGUCGUUCUGCGCGCUGAAAGCUACCCAAAUUAUGGAUGGAUGGUCCAACGCAGCUUUGCAGAAGAGAUGGUAGAGGUAAUGUCUGGAAUACAAACAGAGUUUGAUUGGGACGUCGUGACAUAUUAUCACAUCCGUCGAGGGCGAGAAUGCAUUAUACCCGAGGUAUCUCGGUCCCAGCAUUUCACCUUUGGAGGCGCCCACGUAUCCCAGUGGGAUGCCAGAAGGUUCUACUCCAGAAAGAACCUGAAUGAGGAUUCGACUGCAGUGGUAAAAAAUGUGUCAGACCUCAAGAAUGAAACAUACGAAGCCUAUCUAAAUUCGUUGUUGGAUAAAGCCUACUUCAUCAACUCGGAAGAGAUAAGCCCUUGUAGAGAUGACUUCUUCCACCUGAUACCGACAGAAGGACAAGAAGUGUUGGUUCUCUUCUUUUACACAGACGUAGAUAUCAACUUAUUCAGAAUAAAUAUUCAGUGGAAGACACUGGCUGAGUGCCUUGGUACGUUCUCCAUAGAAUCCCGUGAAGGGCAUCAUGGUCUUUAUAGGAUGCGAUAUGGACCCGCCCAUUUAUUCCUGAUUGCUUAUCCAGCCUCUCCGUAUAGCCGAUUCAAACCAGCUGACAUUGGCGUUUUCAACGCAACUUUGGAGGAACAACGCUACGCCAACUACCGUUCUUUGCCGCAGAAAAUGGUCUAUAAUCUCAACGCCGUUGACGAAGUUUUUGGAGCAACAAAAUUUAAAAGUCGAAAAAUCACUUAACCUUCCUGAUCUAUUAUUUGUGUACAUUCGCCACUGUGAUAAACAUCUACCUAUUAACCUAAUCUUAAAUACACAUCUCAACAAACAGACUAUGUUUUCUAUGUUUUGACGAAGCAAAUAAUUCGUUCUGAUGUGGUACCUAUCACAUUUUAGCCUUAUAAAAACGUUUAUACUUACUCUGUAAGCACAAAUAGCUCUCAAGUUUGUAAUAUAUAACUUUAAUUGUUAUAUUCUCUGUACGAAUCGGUAGCAAUUUAUGACUGGGGAUCUCUGGAUAUGUGGCUUAUUUCUACCUCGGUAUUUACAUUAAUUAUAUAUGCAAACUACAUUUCAAUCUUGUCUAUAUCUGUCUACUUAUUUAUUUACGGACUUUAAAAAGCAUUUUUCAAAUUUAAAUUCGUAUUAUUUUGGUAAUGGUAGCAUUUUAGCAGAGGCUUUAAUCUUGACGAGAUGUUCGUUGGUAAUUCUAGGCAAUAGUUCCGCACGGACUGCAAGGAACGCUCCCACCAAUACGCCAGCCAUAAGUGAUUGAGCCUUCAAAUGUAUUUCCUAGUGUUUAGUACUGGGCAGGGUUGUAUGAAUUACAGUCGAUAAAAAAAACGAUAACUUCUUAAUAAGCAACCCAAAUACUAUAAGGAACUGCAAUUUCCAAAGAAAUACCCGACGGGGAGUUAUUACCUAGAUCUGCCUUCUUGUUAUUCAAGAGGUGUCACUACUGUAAGGUAGAACUUAAUGCGGCCCACACACGCUCAAAUAUUUGGUCCAAUUUUUUGAUGUCAAAUUAUUUGACAUGAAUUUGAUCGUGUGUGGCGUAAUUUGAUGGCCUAAAAGGUUUGAUGUCAAAUUUUUUACUGAUCUGAUUUCAGUAGAUAUUUUUUGAGCCAACGUCAAAUAAUUUGUGCGUGUGUGGUACCUAGCAAUAAUUUGCGCAAAUUAGUUAGUGAUUAGACAAUCUGAGGAGGACGUGCGCAACCCAUCGUCAUCAUGGCUCCAACAAAACAUGAAAAGAAAUUUCUUCUUGAGCUUAUUGAUGUUUAUAGAAGUUUACCACAACUUUGGAACAUUAAAAGUGACUGUUAUAGUGACAGAAAUAAAAAAGAUAUGGCAUAUGAGACUCUUCUACAGAAAUUCCGUGAUUAUUAUCCGGAAGGGACGAAGGAGGAGCUGAAGAAGAAAAUAAACUCACUGCGGACGAGCUUCCGAAAAGAAUUAAAAAAAAAAAAAAGUUCUUGAAAACAUCAGGUUCACUAAUUCUUAGUUCAUUUAAUAAAGGAGCAUGACCAAAUCGUUCACGACACAAAUACUAUUGCUGGGCCCACUUUCGUUUCUGUAUGCUCUUCAACGCUAAGCCAAGAGCCAACGCUGUAUAUGCAUCCAUGAUGACACUCGAGAGCAAAAUGGAAAUUUGAUGAGAAGUUUGAGCGUGUAGGGCGAACGUCAAACCGUCAAAUAAUUUGACAUAAAAAAAUUUGACCAAAAAUUUGAGCGUGUGUGGGCCGCUUUAGAGUCCUUGAAUGCGCCAACCACAGAUAUAAAAGCCUAGAUGCUGCAUCGGCCGCUAGCUGAAUAGGCUGGCGCACGUCAUCAGGUCCGCCAUCUUGGCGCGGUAAUUCAACAAUGCAGCAGGCUGCAGUAUAUGACGUUUUUACGCCACUAUUCGCUUAAUAUUGCACGGAUUUUCUUAUCUGAUGGCUCGUUACAAAGCUUACAUAAUUCCCUACAAGGAUCUGAUCAAAUAAAGUUGUUCCUUAUUGUUUGAAAGUUAACUUGCAAUGACUUUGUUUUAGCAGGUAGGGGGUAGGGGGGCUAGUUGUACACAAAUGUUAAUAUUUACCCAUAACUAUGGCUGUAAACAAUAAUUUGAAAUGCUGUGAUAAGACAGAUUACUAAAGUAGGCCUACAGCUAUGGAUCUGUGCAACUUAAGUAAAAUCUUUGUCUCUCGAAGUGUUCUGUUAAAAAUUCCCCCAAUAUAAUUUUUGGCACAGGCCUACAAGUUUAGGUCAUAAAACUGUAGUGUUGGGCCUAAAAUAAACUACAGCAGGCCCUAGAAUAACUGGAUUUCUGUGUUAUCUAGCCUUUGCAUCUCUGCCUGCUCCUUUGAGGCUAGGGGUGGGGGGGUUGGGGAGGGUUUUUCCAAUUUUUUGGAACGGGAUGCUCCUCAGUGAAUUCUGACCUCU